UUCGAAUGAUACAGAUUCGAGCGGUUAGGACAUAAUUUAGAAUUAAAUAUCAAUUGAUUUUAUCAGAAUGCUUUCUGAAAUUCAAGAAGCAGAAGUUUGUGAAUCUUUUGAUCAAUCUAUUCAAAUGGAACAGCUACUGCCAAUGGAAUUAAGGAGAAAACGUGAAAGGAUGCCAGAUAAUCUAGACUCUAUUAUUCCAUAUGCUACUUUGAGAAUGCCCAAUUCUGCUCAUUUAUCUAAUGAAGAAUGUGCUAAUGUUAUUGCCAGUCACCUACAAUCAAGCAAGAAGUUUAUGCAUGAUGAUCCCAAGUUGGAACAAUUUAGAAUGGAAACAGUGAGAACAAUACCACAGUGCCUUGCUGUGAAACAAUUUGUUAAGUCACAACUACUGGAAACUGUUAACCAAAAGACAACAAAGAGAUCAAUUAGUUGUUGGAAAUUGUUUAAAUAUAAUGUUAGUUUAAAAUUUGCAAAGAUUUGGGUAACAAUGCAGAACUUCUUUUCAACAAUGAAAUUAUGGCAUCGAACAAUAAAAACCAUUGAGAGUCACCAUGGAAGUGGUAUAGCAACAUACUUCAAAUUCUUGAGAUGGUUACUCUUCCUUAAUACAAUUUCCUGUAUUUUGAGUGUAUCUUUUAUUGUGAUUCCGCAAUCACUGGAUCAAGUAUAUGUAUCAAACUUUACAUCAAACAAUAUUAAAGUACUGGAUUUUUUAACAGGCAGUGGCUUUUUGUCUCACACAAUAAUGUAUUAUGGUUUUUAUUCCAACGGCACAGUAGAUGUAUCAUUUGGAACCAAAUAUAGCAUUCCAUUUGCCUAUUUCCUAACGCUGCUUUUUUGUUAUGUAGUUACAUUUGUUAUACUCUCUCUCAAAGUCAUAUCCUCUUAUAGAAAGUCUUAUGUCGAAACACGCGGAAAAGUACACAAUUUAUAUAGCAGCAAAAUAUUUUGUGGAUGGGACUUCAGUAUAUCUUCACCAAAAACUGCUGUUUUGCAAUCAGCAUCAAUUUAUAAAGAACUAGAAGAACUAUUAGCAGAAACGAAGCAGCAUAUGCGUUUGCAUUGGUGUACUAAAUUUUUAUUAAUUAUAAUACAAUUUGCUGUGACAUCUAUUGUUAUAUUUAUGAUUUUCGGUGCUGGUGCACUUGUUUGGAUGUUGUUAAGUCGUUACAACAUCAUAGAAGCGCCUGUAACUAUCUCGAUUAUGAUUGUGCCAAUAGUCAUUACUGCCAUCAUUCAUAUUUUUCCAGCGAUUAUCUCCUACCUAGCAUCGCUAGAACGCUACAAUAACAAACGUACGGAACUUUACGUAACAAUUGUCAGAAAUUAUGCAGUUGCUGCGAUAAUAAUCGGGACUUUAUUCGUCUUCUGGAUAAUCCACAGUGCGUCACAUUGUUGGCAAACACACUUAGGAGAAGAGAUUUAUCGGCUUAUUGUACUGGAUUUCAUUGCUUUGCUAUUUGGGGUAUUUUUACAUUUUACACGUUCUGUGCUGUACAAAAGAUAUUCAACAAAAGUCGGCAGACCGGAAUUCGAUAUCGCUCGCAGUACAUUAAAUCUCAUUUAUAAUCAGAUGCUCUUUUGGAUGGGAUUUUAUUUUAGUCCGUUAAUAUCUAUUAUGAUCAUGAUAAAACUAAUUUUUACGUUUUACAUGAAGAGAUAUGAGCUGAAAAGAUACUACCAGAGACCGUCGCAGCCUUGGCGAGCGGCACAAACGCAAACAUUGUUCUUGGCUCUCACAUUUCUCAGUAUUAUUGUAAUAUUAUUCACGAUAGGAUAUGUUAUCACAAAUGUGGAAAGUAAUAAAUGUGGACCAUUCAGAAAUCAUCGUCAUACUUGGAAUUUUAUUGUCGAUGGGAUGUUUUCAUUGAAAAAAGACAGUACAUUUUGGAAGAUUAUUUCGGAACUUGCGUCACCAGUAACCGGUGCUGUAAUAUUGAUCGGCAUGAGUAUUGCAGUGUAUUGUUUAAGAGCAAAAGCAGAAGCGAGUAAGGAAAUAUCACAAAUUUUUUCCAACAUGCUCCUACUCCAAUCUCAAGAUAAGCAAUUUCUCAUAAAUAGUUUUGGUAAAUGUGCUAAAAAUAAACGUGCCUUUGUUCCUAAUGAAAUUAAUUUUGACCAAGAUAUUAGGCAUGCUGAGCAAGAUCGUACAAAUGAAGAAGUUUUACUUCAUCGACAUAACUUACCAUCGACAAGUUUCGAAAAAAGAUGAUUAAUAUAAACUAGUUGACAAUUUGGUUAGGUUACAAACUGCCAGAGCAUGUAUUAGUUGAUUAAUUUUUUUACAGUUUUAUUUAUACAUUUAAAUUAAGUUUUUAAAAAUAUUACUUCCAUUGCGCGCGAUUUUGCCAAAACCUCAAGACUAUAUGACUUAUAUAUGAUGAAAUAUUCCAGAUAACAUUACGUCCAAAAUGCAGACAUAAGACGUCUUCCACACAUCUUACGUCCAUAUUUUGGAUGUAAUGUUUGAAUUAUUUUAUCAAAUAUAACAUUCUUGAGCGUUCAGGUUUUAGCAAAAUCGUGUGCGCGACAGAAGCAAUACUUUUUUAACCCUUAACCGGGCGCGCCGCGGCACUGAAUGCCGCAAAAUUGGUUUUUCUGAAAAAUCAUUGAUA